AUGUCAUUUGCCAGUGGUGCCAAAAGAUUCUCAUGCUACGGACACUCACGCUAUUUGCCCAAUGAAGAUUCUCAUAUUAAAUUGCUCAUGGUACUCACUUAUGUUGAUCGCUGCUCGUAUUUUGUUUUUGUAUUUCGUUGUGUUGUCUUGUUGUUCAUAAGGGUUCUGCCUUUCCCCGGACUAAAGACCAAGCAGGAUGGUAUACCGCUCCUUGUUAAACAUUGUACGCCAGUGAUUCUUUCUAAACUUCUUCGCUUUCAACUCACAAGGUUUCAUCGAAGAACCCGUAAUCGAGAGUGCGGCAAAGAGGCAGAACAUCAAUGUUCAAGCUGGAUACUACAUCCAGCAUCCAUCCAGCUUGUCCAUUAUAUACGCAACGUUCAGGCUUGGAAAUUUUGUGGCAGCUCCUAUCAUGGUUAUUCUAUUGCCAAAAUGAGGAAUCUGCAUGAAUCAGUGAGAUUUGUCUUUACAUAUCCAGUGGAUUCUCGGAUUUCGAGCAGCCAUACUGUGGAAAGCGGGCUGCUAUGCGCGCUUGCCGAAGAAAGCCUUUUGGCUGGUGGUGUAUUCCUCUUCGUUGUUUUUCACUCUUCUGAAACAACGGACAACAUUUCCAACUCGACUGUACGUAUUGUUUGUGGAGUAUUCACUAUACUAGCAUGUCUUUCUAGCUUGUCACUGACAUUUGCACUGCUGAGACCUGCUCAAGUGACGAUGGUCCGAGAAGGAAAACCACAAAACGGUCGACUUCUUGAUUCGACAUUUCCACUGAUAGUUACGAAACAAAUGUUUCUUUUGCCCACUGUGUCUGCUUACACUGAUAUCGAGCAGGCAUUCUGUACAGGAAUCUAUCCAACCUGUAUCUCCUUCACUCAGAAAUUGGGCUCGAACACGAAUUCAUUACUUGCGUUGAACUCGAUUUCCGCCGGUGUGGGACAAUUACAGCCGGUUUAUCAUUUGAUAUCCUCAGUUGCUAUAUUAUCAAUUCAGCGACUUGCGUGGCACUCACAACCCGAAGUGGCACGAAGACGCGAAGCCCAAUUUCAUCGAAGCAAAGACGAUCAACUUUGGAAGAUGGGA